AUGAUUGAGUGUCUUUUACCGGGAAACGAUUUUUCUGGCAACAUUCCUCCAUCUUUUGGCAAAAUGAAAAACCUAUUGCAUCUAAACUUGGCCUAUAACGACUUCUCUGGAAAAAUUCCAAAAAGUAUCGGUGCCAUCCCGAAGCUUAAAAUCGCAGACUUUAGAGAAAAUAAAUUAACAUCACUUGAGGAAGGAACUCAGUUUAAGUCCCAGUUGCUGAAGGUGUUAAUUCUGUCCCGCAAUAAAAAGCUCAACGUGAGUUUUGGCACCUUCUAGAAGCCGUAGAACCUGUUUAAUCAGACGUUGCUUAUUCUCAACGUAAGCGAGUGUCACAUUCAUGGCGUGAUCACGGACAAGCUGUGGAAUUUUCAAAGCUUAAUCUCUGUAGAUUUAAGUAACAAUAAAUUAUCUGGAAAGCUUCCACCACCUCCCAAUAAUACCGUAACUAUGUCUCUUCUUCAUCUAGAUGUUUCUGGAAACAACAUUUCAGGCCAGAUUCCAGAACAAUUUGCGAUGUUGCUGGCUCUUGAAGUUCUUGACGUUUCAAAUAAUCCUCUCAUGCGGAAGGCAGACGAAAGUGGAAUCCUACCAAACUAUAUGAAGGUUGACCUGAAAACGUUAGCGCAGCAAAAGCUAUCCGACAAUUUCAAAUGCCCCAAUGCGCGUCUUAGCUACAAUAAUGGAUUAGUGAUCUUGGAUCCCAAUUACUAUCUCUAUCGUCUAUGCAUUUGCGAUGUUGGAUAUUAUGGUUCAGGUAAAACAUGUUUACCUUGCAUGGAGAACGGGGUAUGUAAGGAUCAGAUGCUGCCUGCACAGCACAUGGUUAUGAAGGUGGGAUAUUGGCCAUCUUCACGUGACCAGAGCGUGACUCAUCUAGUGCAGUGCUCACGAGCAUUAGGGGCAAGUUCUCGAGCAAACACAUCGUGCAACCCAACAGGACUGUGCAAAUGUAGAGUUCAAUGGCUGAAGCAGGGAAACAAGUCAACUAUCGAACCAUCCACUGUCUGCGAUAAAAAAUGCCUCUGUAUUAAAGGAAGUAAAGACAGAUUCUGCUCGCUCUGUGAAGAUGGAUAUUACAAACAGGGAAUCCUUUGCUAUGCCUGCCCAAAAGCGAGGACUAGUGUGUACAUCUUGGUUGCUCUUGUUGUCUUAACCAUGGUGCUACUAACGCUUGCUUUUGUAGUUUUUUAUGAGAAGAAACGCUUUCUGUCUAUUGUGUUUGUCUUCUCUCAGAUAAUCCUCUUUGCGGUUUUAGCCAUGCUUCGUAUCAUUCCCGGUUGGCUUCUUGAACUAAAUGUAAUCGCCCUUUUUGUUGGCUUGGCUGGAAGAGGAAAAACGGCACGUGGAAUAUUAAAGAUAAGCGUCUUUUAUUUCCAGACCUUAGACGCCUUGAUUUCCAACACGGAUGUUUGGCCGUACGAUGUUCUUGCAGCUCAACGAUAUAUCGCCAAUGUGUUUAACCUCCGUUUCUCUGGUCUGGCUUGUGAGAUUCCAUUAUUGUUUACGCCACUUGGCGAGCUUCUGUUCCUUAUUCUCCUACCAGUGGUCUGUAUCUUGGUUAUCUGGCUUUAUUAUUGUCUCAGUUAUGCCGUACUUUGGCUUCGAAAUUCUCUCGACAGGCGAUUUAGUUUACGAAAUAGUUGUUUACAGCUUUCCAUCGUGUCCCUUAACCUUACUUACUUCCCAAUUGUCAAGAAAACGGCUUCUGUCCUGGCUCCAUGCGGAGAAGACAACAACCACCAUUUCCUCCUUGAAGCACCUUGGCUAGAAUGCGAGGGUGGAGUUUACACCAUGUUACAAGUGUUUGGUUGGCUUGCUUUGGUACUGUAUGUGAUCGGAGUGCCUUUUGGAGUAUUUUUACCCCUUCUGUUGCGCAAGGUCAGCAAUAGAGAAAAUCUUGCGGUAGAAGACCAAGAAACCUUGGACAGUUGGCUAGGAUCCAUCUACCUUCCAUACAAGAAAAAAUUUCGCUCUUAUUUCGAGGUAUUAUUUCUUAUGCGGCGAAUGCUGAUUGCAUUCUCACUCUCCUUCAUUCCGCGGGCUUCACCAUUUCAGACAAUCGCAAUUUGUGUGGUGUUGUUAGCAUCCUUGUGCUUUCAGCUUCUCUUUAAGCCCUUCAGUAACUCUUACCAAAACUUGUCUUUGGAAAACUCAGCUGAAACAGUGGUUCUUUUAAGCCUUCAUUUUUCUUUCAUGAACAUCAGAUAUGCAGCCUUGAACCAGGAAUCUUCCGAGCCUAUUGUCUGGAUGCUUGUGGGGCUUAAUUUAGUUGUG